AUGGCUCUUGUAGGUCCAAGUGGCUGGCUCCUCGAGCCUGCCCUGCCGCGCGCCUCUCCCGCGCCGCCCCGGGAGAUCCGCCGAGUCCACGGCAACGGCCGCAAGCCGCGAAGCUUCGGCUCGGUGCAGGCAGCGCUGUGUGCGGCCUGCGCGGCGUUGCGCAGCAGGCAGCCUAAGGCCGCCAGACACGCCAAGGAUCCCUCCGCGCAGGGCAAAGGCGAGCCCGGCGAGGCGCCGAAAGCCGAGAGCGCUCCGAGCGCCCAAACGACGGGCCCGAGCGCCCCGAGCGCCACCGAGAGCGAGGCGGAGGCGGAGGCGAAGAAGCUGUCGGCCGCGGAGUCGCGCCUAGCGCUGGAGCAGGCGGCCACAUCUGGAGGAAGCUAUCAGAGCCUCACAGCGGACCAGCGGGGCAUGGUAAACAGCUUCUUCUUCCCAGACGAGGAGGAGCUGGACAUGGACAAGUCCAUGCCCUUGGAGGCGUCCGAACGGGGGGAGGGGAGGGAUGCCGAGGCGGGGACGGGCGGCUCAGCUUCCGCCCUGCCUCCAAAGGCGGGGCUCGGCGGCGCGGCUCGGCGGUUUUGGGGAUCGGGGGACGCGGAGCUCGGGGCCUUGGUGCGGAGCUUCCGGCCCAGCUUGACGCCCAAGGAGGUGCUGCACGCGGGCGCCUUCGGCGGGGGGCCCUGA